GUCUCUAUAAACACCAUCUGUUUGAACAUUUGUCGCCAUGGGAGUCACUCACACGACGGAUCCCGAGGCGCGGGAUGCAAAGCGAGAUCUCAAAGUCGUUUUGAACAGCCAAGAUACCUUUUCAGGUUCGGAAAAGACGGAGCCAGACGCCAAAGAGUCCGAAGACACACAAGAGGGUAACACGGAAAUCACCACCGUCUGGAACAAGAAGCUCAUCACCAUUGCGUACCUGAUGAUCUGGGUCAUCUACUUCUUCGAGCUGAUGCAGCGUGGUGUAGAAGCCUCGCUAGCCCCAUACGUGCUGUCCGAGUUUGCCAACCACUCCCUGACGCCCGUCGUGCUCAUCAUGAGCUCCGUGUUUGGCGGUGUCUUCAAGCUUGCUCUAGCAAAAGUGCUCGAUCUGUUUGGUCGCCCGCUGGGAUGUCUAGUGUCUGUGAUUGUGGCAACGUUUGGUCUUGCCAUGAUGGCCGCAUGCAACAGUGUUGAGAUGUACUCUGUGGCGCAAAUCUUCUACAGCUUGGGCAACCACGGUCUCAUGUACUGUCUUGGUGUCUUUAUCGCGGAUACCUCGUCUCUUCGCAAUCGUGGGUUGAUGUGGGCAUUUGCCUACUCACCUAAUCUCAUCACCUCUUUCAUGGCCGGUCCCAUCUCGGAGAGCUUCUUCAACGGGCCUGGAUGGCGGUGGUUCUUUGGCUCGUUUGCAUUGAUGCUGCCGCUGGUCAAUCUGCCGCUGUUCUUCCUCUUCAUGUAUACCUCGCGAAAGGCCAAGAAAUUGGGCUUGAAGACAAAAGAGGUCGUCGAUAGAACCAUGUGGCAGUCUAUAAAGCACUAUAUUUGCGAGUUUGACGCCCUUGGGUUGAUUCUUCUGACUGUUGGCCUCGCUUUUGUGCUGCUUCCUAUCAAUAUUUACCGUCUGCAGCCCGACGGAUGGGCUAGUCCGCUGAUUAUCGUCAUGAUGGUGCUUGGAGUCGUCUCAUUAGUAGCCUUUGUUAUUUGGGAGCGAUACUUUACCCCCGUUACCUUUAUUCCUUACGAGCUGCUCUUGGACCGUACCAUCAUAGGAGCCUGUAUUCUGGCGGGUGUCUUGCUCAUCAGUAUCUACUGCUGGAUGAGCUACUUUAUCUCCUGGUUGCAAGUAGCCAUGGACCUCAGCAUUCGCACCUCAAGCUAUAUUGCACAAAUCUAUGGCCUUGGUGCUGUCUUCUGGUGCGUCGUCAUGGGCUUCUUUAUCCGAUACACCGGCCGGUACAAAGCGCCCACGCUGUACUUUGGUGUGCCGGGAAGUAUUCUCGGUCUCGGUCUUAUGAUUUACUUCCGCCAACCCGAUGUACAUGUCGGCUGGAUCAUCAUGUGCCAAAUCAUCAUGUGUCUUACUGGCGGUACUAUCUUUGUCUGCGUCCCUGUCGCCAUCAUGGCUGCCGCUUCAGACAAACACGUUAGUGUCCUUUUGGCCAUUGAAGGCAUGUUUGCUGAGCUCGGAGGCGCUAUUGGACUGAGCAUAGCGUCGACGAUUUGGCAAGCAUCGUUCCCAGCCAAGCUGGCCGAGUAUCUCCCCGAAAAGGACCAGCCAAAUCUGAUGAAGAUAUAUAGCAGUCUUCAAACACAGCUAUCAUACCCAGUCGGAACAGACACACGCACAGCUAUUCAGCAAGCCUAUAGUGACUCUCAGCAACUUUUAUCGAUUACAGGCACGGCCAUUUGGGCGAUUGGCCUGAUUGCCACCAUUGGAUGGAAGGAUAUCAAUGUGAAAAACGUCAAGAAAGCAACCGGAAGUCACUGA